AGUUAUGAUAGGCUCUUGCGGAGAAAGGUGAACACGGUUCAUGCUCGAAUGCAAAGACUUCCACAAAGUUGUUACAGAGGGAUGUUUGUCACACGAUGAAUGUAUUCUGGCACUGUGAAUAGUUCAUUGAGCUUGCUGUAGGCUGCAAAUUCAGGUUGUUGUUGGACUAGAAACCACUCCGGUAGCAGAAUCAAACACCUCUUACAUAAUGUCAAAAGCAAGGUACCCAAUUUACCUCCUAGGCAACCCACAGAACAGGGUUUUCUUCACAGAUUUCUGCAUGAAGCUUGUGAAGAAUAAGAAGCCUCAACCACCUAAUGUUGUUACAUUUGAGUGUGAUAUUCAGAUGACAAAGUUUGACAUAAAAAACUAUCUUGAGAAUGUCUAUAAGGUUCCUGUAGCCAGGGUUAAUACGAGUGUAAUCUACGUACCAUUCAAAAGAAAUCAUAGAAAUGAGAGGGUCAAACUCAGAGAGGACUACAAGCUGGCAUAUGUGACAUUGGCGGAGGGCCAGACGUUUGAGUUCCCAGAGCUCUUUCCAGACACAGAGGAGAAGAAGAACGAAGAAAUGGCGGAGGAGCUGAAGGAGAAGGAGAAGAAGGCUGCAAAACUAUUUGCAGCAAGAGGAGGGGUUCCCAGCUGGUUUGGCUUAUGAUAGAUGGAACGUGUGAUGAUAGAACAAUGAUACAGACAGGAAAACAGUUGUGAUUGACAGAACGAGUGAUGAUGGACAGAUAAGUGCCAUUGCGGAGAUGGAAUUUAUUUUGAUAUUGAACCAUGUGCAACUAGGAGGAAGAUCCUUGAAAAUCAUUUCCAAGGACUGGACUACCUGCUGCAGUGAACAAUGCUUCUGCGAUUUUCAAUGCAAUUUACUGUCAUCUUGAAGGAGGAUUGAAGGGUCAGGUUUCCAUAGUCUGUGACUCUAAAUUGCAGAAGACUCUUGCUGACUUCACAUACUUCAUUACAUGGACAAAGAUCAUGAUUAUCAUUGAGUAUUAGCUGUCGUCCAAAGCAGUAUCAGCUUUGUUAUUUUGAAUAAAGGGAUGUGGAAAUUUUGAAUAUAAAAACUGGAGUGUAUGUUUAUUUUGUACAAACUUCAGCCUUUGAAAUGAUCCUUUAUUUUACAGAAGGGUUGGCGUGCAGCUAAGCAUGGUUUGUAUGGACCGCGGAACAUAAAAAGACCGUCUGAUUGAGAUUUUUUUUUAAUGGUCAGCCCACCGCCAGCCCAACCAAUUCAAAACCAUUCCAUGACCCCUAGUUUCUUAGUGGACUUUCCUAAUGUAGUCAAGAUCAACCCUGACUUUGGCCUCGACACCAAAAAUGACAAAGAUGUCUUUUUGUUUACAAGGGAAGUCCAUUCUGAUGCCAAGUUUGUUAAAAUUAAUAAAAACAAUACAAAAAUAAGAAUAUUCAUGAAGGUUAUGGAAAAAUUCAUUCAAAACGUAAUGGUAUGCAAUUUUCAACUCAUGGUACUCUAUGCAAUGUAAUAUCAGUUCCACAGAUUACCACUUUUUAUACUUAAAGGUAUUGUUUAACUUUGUGAGCAGCCGAUUAAAAAUAUUCUCAAAC